AUGUAUCAAUUCACGAACAUCUACGCUAAUGUGGCAUAUACAACAGUGUUGGCUGCCUUUGGCACCAUCGGCGGGGCGUUGUUCGGCUUCGACAUCUCGUCCAUGUCCGCGUGGAUCGGCGCGGAGCAGUACCUGGACUACUUCGACCACCCCAACUCCAACCUCCAGGGCGGCAUCACGGCAUCCAUGUCAGCCGGCAGCUUUGCGGGCGCCAUCGCCGCCGGUUUCGUCUCCGACCGUCUGGGCCGACGCCUCGCCCUCAUGAUCGCGUCGGGCAUCUGGAUCGUCGGCGCCGUGCUGCAGUGCUCGGCGCAGAAUGUGACGCACCUCAUCGUCGGCCGCGUCGUCUCGGGCCUGUCCAUCGGCGUCACCAGCAGCCAGUGCUGCGUGUACCUCGCCGAGCUGGCGCCGGCGCGCAUCCGCGGCCGUGUCGUCGGCAUCCAGCAAUGGAGCAUCGAAUGGGGCAUUCUGAUUCAGUACCUCGUCAGCUACGGCUGUGUGCAGGGCGUAACCGGCCCGUCCGCGUUCCGCAUUGCUUGGGGUGUGCAGGCGGUGCCCGGCCUGAUUCUCGGCCUGGCGCUGAUCUUCUUCCCGGAGUCGCCACGCUGGCUGGCCGCGCAGGAACGGUGGGAUGACUGUUUGGACGUGCUGUCCCGGCUGCACGGCAACGGCAACACGGAUAGCGACGUCGUCCGCCUCGAGUUCGACGAGGUCAAGGAGGCAGCUCGCAUCGCCAAAGAGGCCGAGGACAUUUCCUUCUUUGCCCUCUUCGGCCCCAAGGUCCGGCGACGCACCAUCGCGGGUGUCAGCGUGCAGAUGUGGCAGCAGCUACUCGGCGGCAACAUCGCCAUGUACUACGUCGUCUACAUCUUCGAGAUGGCCGGCAUGAGCGGCGACACGACCCUGUACUCAUCCGCCAUCCAGUACGUCAUCUUCCUCGUCACCACGGGCUCGAUCCUCCCCUUGAUCGACCGCAUCGGGCGACGCACCCUCCUCCUCUCCGGCGCACUCAUCUGCAUGGCCCUCCACUUCACCAUCGCGGCCAUCAUGGCCACCCGGGGGCACUACGUCGACCAGGUCAACGGCAACGCCAACCUGCGCUGGCAGAUCGCCGGUGGCCCCGGGAAAGCCGUCAUCGCGUGCUCGUACAUCUUCGUCGGCGUCUACGGCUGGACCUGGGCGCCCGCUGCGUGGAUCUACUGCUCCGAGGUCUUCCCGCUCAAGUACCGAGCAAAAGGUGUGGGAUUGAGCGCCGCCACGAAUUGGGCGUUCAAUUUCGCGCUGGCGUAUUUCGUGGCGCCGGCUUUCACGAAUAUUCAGUGGAAGACGUACGUUAUUUUUGGCGUCUUUUGCUGCGUCAUGACGGUUCAUGUCUUCUUUACCUACCCGGAGACGGCGGGUAAGAGUCUGGAGGAGGUGGAUCUUUUGUUUGAGAGUAGGGUGCAUCCCUGGCGGAGCGCGAGUGUGGGUGGAUUCAAUGAACAGCUUAGGGCGAGUGUCGACGACAAGACGUUGACUGGCGAGGCGAGCGAGAAGGAGGUGGCGCAUAGGGAGGAUGCUUGA